UCCUUGUGUCCAAAUCAGGAAAGUCGCGACUUCCUAGGACUCCUUCAGAGACUUGCGGAUUAAGAAACCCUACAUUCCUCUAACUUCCCAAGGCCCGUAUAUAAACCGACGCAAACAGAAGCCGAACAGACGACCGCUCUGAACUUUUGGUCAAAACCGCUCAACUUCCAAUUUCAAAACAUAAACAAAGAGAGCAAGCCAGCGACUGGUGCGACGAUUGGACCACUAUUUCUAGUUUCUACUUUACCAGACGUUCCUGCAAUACAUUUGAAUCAUAGCUCUUUAUGGACAAAACACUUGAGAAACGAAAAGUCGGAGUUCUUCCCAACAGAAAGAGGCCGAGAGUUGAUGAUAAAGAUGGAGUAAUUCAUCAUGUCAAGGAGGCUUUGGAUGAAUAUCGAGAGAUAUUAACUAAGCUCUUGCAAAAACAUGAUAGUGAAUCCAACCAACAAGUUUGUUUGAGGCCUGAUAUUGAAGCAGCAAUGUGUCAGAGAAAGAAAGGACACUUGGUUAACACGAGGAAACAAUUAGGACCGAUUUCGGGAGUGAAGGUUGGUGACGAGUUUCGCAACAGGGCUGAACUAACUGUUGUUGGCCUCCAUCAUAAGUUUCGUCAUGGUAUUGAGUAUAUGAAGAAGGAUGGGAAAAUUUUGGCCACAAGCAUUGUUAAUUCUGGCCGUUACGCUAACCAUAUAGCAUCUCCUGAUAUCUUGACUUAUUCAGGUGAAGGUGGAAAUCCUAGGGUUGAUCCUAAAAAGCCAAAGGAUCAAAGACUUGAACGUGGAAACCUUGCACUAAAGAAUAGCAUGGAAGAAGGAACUCAUGUAAGGGUAAUUCGUGGUAUUAAUCGUUUUGAGGUGGGCACACGUGCUAAGAAAAGUUCUUUCAGAACUUAUGUUUAUGAUGGUCUCUACAUAGUAGAUAGUUUUUGGCAAGAAAGAGAGGAAUUUGGCAAACUUGUGUUUAAAUUUUUGUUGAAAAGGAUAUCGGGGCAACCAAUAGUCACAUGGGGAAAAGCUUUGGACAAGUCGAAAAAACCUACGGUUUCAAAGGAUAUUGUUUGUAAAAAUGACAUCUCUGAAGGGAAAGAGAAGAUGCCUAUUCGGGUGGUCAAUGCAAUAGAUAGGGCGAGUCCUCCAGCUUUCAUUUACAUGCGCAAUGUCAUUUAUCCAGAUUUCUUCAAGGCGACAAGAAAAGGGGGUUGUGAUUGCCUUCAUGGAUGCUUAGAAUCCAAGUCAUGUUCUUGUGUAAUGAAGAUUGCAGGGGUUUUGUCAUACAACAACACGAUAACAGACAAGAAAUCCCUUAUUUAUGAGUGUGGUACUACGUGUAAGUGCUCUUCUUCUUGCAAAAAUAGAAUUAGUCAGCAUGGCAUUCAGUUUAAACUUGAAGUCUUUAGGACAAAAUCAAAAGGAUGGGGUGUCAGAUCACGAUCAUAUAUUCCACGAGGAAGUUUUAUAUGUGAGUAUGUAGGAGAAAUUCUACAAGAUAAAGAAGUCAAACAAAGAAGGGGGUUUGUCAUUGAUGCCACACGACAUGGGAAUGUGGGAAGAUUUGUCAGUCAUAGUUGUUCUCCUAAUCUAUUUGCUCGAAGUGUCCUCCAUGAUCAUGACGACGUGAGAAUCCCACACAUGAUGUUAUUUGCUGAGAAGAACAUUCCACCGAACCAAGAGCUAACUUACGAUUAUAAUUCUAUAGUAGGCGAUUCGAAUGGCACUACCAUCAGAGAAGCUCUCCUCGACAAACCAUCUGGAGUUGCACCUAAUAUCAUCUAAGGCAACUCUUUUUAGCCAACGGAGAAAUCUGAGGAAUGAAUUGAAAAAGUUCAAGUUUGCUUUGGUCAUUGUGCAGAGUCUGCCGCAUAUUCUAAUUAUUUAUUUAUUUCUGUUUACACAAGUAAACACUUCAGCAGAGGGUUUGCUUUUUUUCCAGACAUAUCGCUGAUGCUGCCGCUAAGCUUGCCAAAAGGAGUUUGUGCUUUAGUAAGUGGGCCACGUUUCCCCCACCCUCCUUUGGUCUCUAUUCUGUCGCGAUACGAUCUGCCAGCCCCUACGUGAUCGAGUGGUCUUUUGUUGCUUAGGCUGGUUUUAGUUUGGUCCAGCUGUUUGACUCUGUACCUAUCUGCAAUGUUCAGUCUCUAGUUUUUGUGUGCUCUUUUUCUGUUAGUUACUUCUGGUGCCGCCUUUCUUUGGGCAUGCUUUGCUUUGUAUUGUUUUCUCCUCUGCCUGCCUUUUCUGGGGCCUUUUAAUGAAGUAUCUUUCGACAAAAAAAAAAAAAUUCCUCA